AUGUUUACACUUUUAAAAGAAGGAUGUGCUCAGAUGUCCUACAAACUACAGUUGGUGCGAUUGGACGUUCCUCAGGAAUGUCUGCAAGAGUUUAAGAUUUUUGAUCUCCGUGCAACGGUGGAUUUUGUCAUUUUUCAUGCCACUGCAGGGCUUGACGAGCAGCUGACCGCAAGUGACGUGAAGGAGUUCGCCCUGACAGUCAACGGUUGCUGUCUUUGGCAGUCAGUACAUGAACGCGAUCUCCUUAGUGCCCUGAAAGAAGCCGACGAUCUCGCCUCAUUCCCAAACGGAUUCACCGUACUGAUCGCGUCAGCGCUGCCCUCAGACUGUAACUUUCUGACUGACUGGAUCCAACAGGGUGAUAUUGCCGACCUAGAGGGUCUCUAUCAGAUCCACUAUAACUGUCGCCUGAAUAAGCUGGUUCAGCCCCCGGUCCAUGUCAAUAUUUCGUAUCACCUCAACGACUCGGCAGCAGACCUGAUAACCCUCUCGAUGACAAUACAGUUGCUCACCCUGGCGACCUCCCUGAACAUAUUUCUGCGACACUAUGGAUGGCAGCAAAUUGCAUUCUUCUAUGAGGUCAGUCACGACAGCCUGCAGAUGAUGCUGGUGGCGCAGCAACUUCAGGUCUUCUUCACUUCUCUGUCACAGUCCAGAAUACCGCUGAAAAUUGUGGCCCUUCAGGCUCUGCGUGGCACCUCGGAGGCAGCCUCCUAUCUGAAUAAUUUACCCGAACCCAUUGAUGGUAAGCUAGGUUCUUCGUUUUACGAAAUUGACAAAGAUGUUGUCAUCUGCCGUCUACUGGCAGCACAACUAAAAGCCCACCUUUAG